AUGAGUAAUAUAAUACCUUUUUCUAAUGAAAACACGGAAAAUAACGAUGACGACGACGACGGUCGUCCCGUUGUCGUUGACACAGAUCCUACUGGCCGGUUUGAACGAUAUGAAGAGUGUUUGGGUAUUGGAGCUUAUAAGGAAGUGUUUAAAGCGUUCGACCAGGAGGAAGCCGUUGAAGUUGCAUGGUGUCAGCUGAAAGCAAGUUUUUCGGGAAGAAAGGACGUAGAAAAGAUAUUGAACGAAAUCUCGAUUUUGCAGUCAUUGCGCUGUGAAAAUGUCAUUAAUUUUUACACAUCCUGGGCAAAGAAGGGAUCUGACGGGAGAGAUCAUAUAAUAUUCAUAACUGAACUCAUGACUUCAGGCACGCUCAAGCAAUACAUAAAGAGAACCAAGGGCCUUCUUAAACCCAAACUUCUUAAGCAAUGGGCUCGUCAGAUAUUAAAAGGCCUGAACUAUCUACACACGCGAACCCCGCCAAUUAUCCAUAGAGAUCUCAAAUGCGACAAUAUUUUCAUUAAUGGGAAUAACGGCCAGGCCAAGAUUGGUGAUCUUGGUUUAGCAAUAAUCAAAAACAGAGACCACGUAUCAUCGGUGCUUGGAACGGUAUUAUAUACUACUUUGGGUGAAUUUGGGCUUCUUCCCGAAUUCAUGGCGCCUGAAUUAUAUGAGGAGAAAUACAACGAAAAGGUGGACAUCUAUGCGUUUGGAAUGUGCAUGCUCGAGUUAGUAAGUAAGGAAUAUCCAUAUUCUGAAUGUAAUAAUCAGGCACAGAUCUUUCGUAAGGUUACGUCCGGUAUAAGGCCACAAGCACUAGAAAAAAUACAGGAUCCAAAAACAUUAGAGUUUGUAGAACUCUGUCUUAGGUUUGAUCCAGACAAGAGACCUUCGGCUGCUGAACUUUUGGAGCAUGAAUUUCUGCAAGAUACUAGCGCCGCUAAUGAACCAAUAGCUUUAUCAGAACAACAAGCAACGUCGCCAGUAUUACCUGUAUCAUAUGAUCACAAUAAUCCAGAGACAUUAAUAGCCACUAUAUCGUCACCGCUUUCGCAAGUGCAGUCUUCUACGGACUUGCGAGGGCAUAAUUCGACAACUGAAACUAUCACUAAUGAAACUGUAAAAGCGAAAUCUCAGUCGGACAUCACUAAAGUUGAGUCAUACGACCCGAAAAAAUUUCCAACACCCCUUAAUUUGUCAAUUGCAACCAAAACCAUUGACGCAGAGAGUAAAACUUAUCAAGUACGGUCAGCUACUUUUCCGCCUCCACAACAAGUUCAAAAAUUAACAACGGACGCGUCUGUCGAUCGGAACGUUCAAGGAGAAGAUUUAUUUAAAUGUGAUGUCAAAAUUGUAGAAAAACUCACACGAGAAGAAGUUACACUGAAAAUGACUAUAACUGAACCAGGACAACAAGAAAUGGAGAUAAAAUUUCCAUUCAAUUUAGAAGAAGAUACGAUCAAGAACGUCGUGGCAGAGAUGGUACGCGAGUCAAUUUUGAAACCAGAAGGACAAAUGCUGGCGCAGCAAAAAAUCGAAGAUAUUGUUAGACAGCCACUGCUGUUGCAAUCACAAGAAUCUCAUGCUAGUCUUCCACGAUCAAGAACAUCCUCCAUUCAUGGUCAAACAGAACGUUCUCAUGAUGGUGCACUUGAUGGCUCGUCAAUAAUGACUCCUACAAAAAUAGCUGUCAACGCUAAUGGAUUUCCCUCGCCAAAUUAUUAUUCCGACAUUUCGUCAUCAUAUGGAAGCAUGGAAUUACUACAAAAGACUUCUCAUCACGGAAUUUCUUCAUCCAUCGAGAGCCUUCCACAUACUUCAUCGACUCGAGCUUCGUGGGAAAAAGAAGACGACGAAGUCCGAAAAGUGCUUAGUCGCAAUGACAGAAUGAAUGAUAGUUUUCUCCAACCAGCUGGUUCUCAGCUUGUGUUACCAGUCGAAACAUCUGUAACAGAACCCAUGGCUCGUGAAAUUCCCGCACAAUUGCCAAGCACCAUGGUGACCAAGUCACGCACGACGGAGGAUGUCGUUCCAGGACAUUUAGCAAAGAGACGAUCAUCUUCUCUGUCAUCUUCUCUGCCGCCAGCUGAAGUUAUAAUGCAACAAGUUCCCUCAUUUACCAUACGAUCCGAGAUGGUUGCUACUUAUCAAAAUCCCACUGCUGUUGUUGGAAAUUCGCUUGCGCCUAGUAUUAGUAUGAAUGAACCGACGGCUACUGAAUCAUUGCUACCAUCUCCAUCAAGCCUUCCUGCUCGACCGCCUUCGGUGGGAACCACGGAACGGCUAGCAAGUCGAACAGAUUCUUAUCAUGUGCAGGAGUUGCCUGAGACAGAUGUACACACAGAUACUAUUUUAGUGCCUACAGAGUCAUAUGAUAAUGAAGGAAUGUUAGUCAUUGGCGAACCGCAACACGUAGGGCAUGCAAAUUCUUCUGGGCCACAAUCUCCUGCAAUGAUUCCUAAUAGAGACGACCGAACAAGAAGAAUUUCUAACCCCCCUGUGCCUAAUUCCUCUAUAUAUUAUACGAAUAUACCUCAUCAUCAUAUCGAUGCGUACCAUGCAUCGCAUGAACAUCUAGUGAGAAAAGUGCCCACUUCGUCGACCGGGUCGCUUUCGUCCGUUCAUUCGAUCGGUGCUCUAGACAGUUCAAUUGUACAGUCGGACUUUUUGUUACGUGAUCAGCUUCAUCCUGAAAGUCUACAGGGAAUGAUUGAUGGGAUAGGAGUGAGUAUUGGAUUGGGAAUAGCCGAUGCUGGAUAUACAUCUAAAUCUCACGGCUAUGUAAAUAUUAAUUCAGACGCAUCACAACCACUACAAUUGGAUCCUUUAACCCAUAGACUAGGUUCUCGCCUUGCGGAAGAACCAUAUUCAUAUGAACCAGAUGAAGAUGAUAGUACUGAGGACGAUGAAUUAGAUUUAGUAUCUGAUUUGAGAGAGAGACAGAGGAGAGAAACGCAAGAGCUACAAGCUAAACAUGAGCACGAAUGGGCUGCCCUAAUACAACGCAGAAAAAUGCGACAUAAAUCCCCACAUGUAAAGGCCGCCAAUUCUUCUAUCGGAAGAUCUGUUAUCUCUCCGCUGAUGCAUCGACCAGUGUCCGAAUUGUCAGACCAUCAGGUUGGUAGUAUAUCAUCUGUAUCUUCGACAUCAUCGCAUGGGGAUUCGCGGGGCAUCUUUUAA